AUGUAUGUGAAUAACCAACUAACUGCUUACUGGUGGGCUCAAGGCAAGAUGUCAGAUCUGACAGAUCAGACCAGUGCAAGCAAUGGUACUAACGGAAUGAGUAGUGGCGCGGGGGUAGCCGACGGGACACCUCGACUCUCGCUCACUGAAAGUGCUUCUUCAAUACAAACUGGAUACUCUCCCUCAUCUUCAGGAGAAAACAACAACAACAGCAGCAGCAAUAAUAACAAGGAUUCAGAGAGAUCUAUAGGGAAAAGAAGAAAGAAGAAGGUGGACAUAGCCUGUGUGUAUUGUCGGAGGUCUCAUAUGAUUUGUGAUGAUUCUAGACCAUGUCAACGAUGUAUAAAGAGAGGCAUUGGCCAUCUUUGUUACGAUGAGCCAUCAAAUCCUAGACAGAGGAAGAAGGUUGCACAAUUGAAGAAACAACCAGAUACGCCUAACAACACGACAACGACAAUAACCAAUAACACUACUUCAUCAACUACCACAACUGGUCUAACACCCUUGACGGUACAACUGUCUCUGUUACCUCUUGGGUUGCAAACACCUUCAGUUCAAACACAAUCUCAAGCAGCACUUGGUUUAGGUGGAAGUAGUACUUUAGGUGGAAAUCAAAACCAACAAAUGAUGACAAAUAACAUGGGAGGACCUCGUGCUAGUAGUUCUGUAUUAUCUCAGACAAUGCAAUAUAACCAAGAACCAUUCUUUUAUUCGGAACAUGCUGGUAGUGAAUUUAGUUCACUUAAUGAUUUCUUAUCGAUGAUCGAUGAUCCAGAAUUAGUUAAUGGCGCUCUUGGAGACAAUGCUGCUUUACUUAACUUUGAAGCUGCUCGACCAAAUGAUAUGAAUGGCAGUCAGGGUAAGCCUCUUCACAAUAGCAUUUCCAAUACAAGUCUUGCAAAUAUUUUGUCGUUUUCUCCCAAUCCUAACAACUUUUCAUCAACGUUUGGAGGUGAAAACGUCACCUUCCAACAAAAUACUAAUCAAGAUAAUCUUAGUAAUAACUCCACCAAUGCUAACGGACCUUCCAAUAAUAAUAGCUUUCAAAAUGGUCCAGCAAUCAAUACUAAUGGGAAUAAUACAAAUGGCAUGCCAGGCACUAACAAUAACACCAAUAACUUUAACAACAAUAUCAAUACCAAUACCAACAAUGACAAUAAUUCUAACAAGAAUCCAAGUACACAGAAUGCAAAAGAUGAAACUCAUCAACCAGUGAUAUCUGAUUCUGCUAGAGAUAAAUUUUUUUUAACUGCUGCUGAUCCAACCACUGAAAUUUCGCCUGAAGAAAGAUUGAAACAAGUGAUUAAAGCCAAAUUGGAGGCUGGUCUUUUACAACCAUAUAACUACGCUAAAGGGUAUGCCAGAUUACAAACCUAUAUGGAUAAUUAUAUGAAUGCUUCAAGUAGACAAAGAAUUUUGAAGCCAUUAUCUGAAUUUAGACCUGCUUUCCGAGCUAUUGCCAGGACUUUGAAAGAUGUGGAUUUAGUUUUAGUGGAGGAAAGUUUUGAAAGAAUGCUUUUAGAUUACGAUAGAGUUUUCACAUCAAUGGCCAUUCCUGCUUGUCUUUGGAGACGUACAGGAGAGAUUUAUCGAGGUAAUAAAGAAUUUGCAUCAUUAGUUGGAGUGAUGACCGAUGAUUUGAAAGAUGGGAAAUUGGCUAUUUAUGAGCUUAUGAGUGAAGAAAGUGCGGUUAAUUUCUGGGAGAAAUAUGGAGCAAUUGCCUUUGAUAAAGGUCAAAAGGCAGUUCUCACCAGUUGUAAUUUAAGAACCAAAGAUGGCAUAAAACGGAAGAGUUGUUGUUUUAGUUUUACUAUCAGAAGAGAUCGAUACAACAUUCCAAGUUGUAUUGUUGGCAAUUUCAUACCCAUUGAUCCGUGA